UCGGCCUUGGUUUGUGGUGCACAUGCUGAAAAGAAUGAUCCUUUCCGGCUUUAUAACAGGACGUUGUAAAAACGGUAUAUAUUUUGGAGAACUCAACUAGAGAAACGCUUAAUUUUAUGGGUAGUGAAUCUUAUUUAAAAGCGGCAGAACCAUCUUCCCCAACGAACACAUCUAACCAGCUGGUAAACUUGGCGUCAAAAGUGUAAUCAGUACCUAAUCUGUCUUUAGUAGGUCCAUCAAAACUAAACUAACCAAAACCAGCCAACAUUAACCUCAUAAAUUUAAUAACGUAAAUUAAACAUGUCUAUGAAGUAAACUUCCGCAAAAAUUCGGGAACCAAGUUCAUCUGCCGGUGAGACGCUUCAUCUUCGCCAUUGGAGCUUCGAAUCACGUGACCACCUUAUGCCCUUUUGUUAAAAAAUAUCUCCCUGAAAAAUAGCCUUUGCGUUUUAUAAUGGCAGUUGGAUAGAUUUAAUUCCAUCCCCUAAUGUAUGCCUACAUUUAAAAACCCACGUACAUUAUUACCAUCACCGAUUGAUUCUCAUCAAAUACCAAAACAUAACCUCUACAUUUUGCAAAUGGACGAAUGAGCCCGUUUAUUGUUAUGUUGCAACAAACUGUGCAGGACUAUACGGCCGCCAUUUCUCAGCUGUUGCCGCUGCACAAGACUGUGGACGACCUGCAGGCGCGGCUCGAAGAGUUUGAAACGAUGCUGACUUUCGUACAGGCCGAUGCGAAAGAGUCCCGAGAUGUUUUGAUUAAAAUUUUAAGUUACAAACCGGAAUUCGACGAGUUGUGUGCCAAGAUCGACACUAUCGAAAGGCUAGUGGGUCACGUCAAGACCAAUUUUGCGGGGCUCGAGACAGAAAUCGAGAAAAAGGAGGCAGCGAUGGGAAUUGCAGACACCGCCAGCAAAGUGACAGGCAUUUUUACGCCAUUUUUCAAAAAGACCAUGGAGAGAAAGCAGGGCACAUACGAAAAGCCAUUUAAAACAGAAGAUUAUUUUAAAUAAAUCAAUAAAAAAAAUUUUAAUGGCUUCCGAGUAGACGAAUUUGGGGAUGCAGACGAGUCUAACCUCAAAUCUUACAUUUGGGGCCGGGUGGGGGGGGGUGCAGUGCUACUGCCCCCAGC